AUGGAGCCCAAGGGGUCGGCGAGACGCAAAGGGGAAAAGCGAAAGGGAGUCGUGUUGACGUUAAAGCAGAAAAUAGAUAUCUGUACCCGUCUCGAAAAGGGCGAGAACAGGAGCGUUCUGAUGCGCGAGUACAGCGUCGGUUCUUCCACGAUAUACGACAUCAAGGCUCGGAGAGGACGGCUGCUCAGAUUCUUCGCCAGCUCCGAGUCGGCCAGAGCCGUCGAGCAUCGCCGGACCCUGCAUACGCCCAAAUUAGAGCAGCUGGACAGUGUUUUAUACGAGUGGUUUUCGUCGAAACGGGCGGAAGGCGCGCCGAUGAUGCUCAUCGAGAAGGCGAAGGAUUUUUACAGGCAGAUGCAGUUGACCGAGCCGUGCGCGUUUUCUGAUGGAUGGCUUUCCUGCUUCAAGCUCCGGCAUGGCAUUAAAAGGGUCGAGGUCCCCCACGGGCGGAAUUCGGCCGACCGCGAGGCCGCGGAGAAGUACCGUGGGUUUUUUAGGACUCUGAUCACCGAGCACGAUCUUUCCCCCGAACAGAUUUACGAUGCCGACGAGGCGGGCCUCCUCUGGCGCCGUCUGCCCGGUUCCACCCUCGCGGGGACCGGCGACCUGAGGCCGAAUAAAGACCGGAUGACGGUUCUGAUCUGCGCUAACGCCGCGGGCUCCCAUAAAAUCAAACCUCUGGUGGUCGGAAAAUGCAGUCGUUCCAGAGCCCUCAGAGGCAUCCCCCACUUGCCCGUGGUGUACAGAGCCCAAGGAAACGCUCGGCUGGACGGAGAAAUCCUUUACGACUGGUUUCAUCACGUUUUCGUCGCCGCGGUGAGAGAACGCUUUAGAAGGGUAGGCUUGCCCCAAGAGAGCAAAGCUAUCCUGUUGCUGGGGAGUGGCAGAGCUCUCCCUCGGGAAACGGAGUUAGCAUCCGGGAAUAUAUUCACCAUCUUCCUGCCCGGGAAUGUCACCCCUGUGAAGCAGGGCGUGGUACGAAACGUGAGGUGUUCUUACAAAAGGGACCUCCUGAGGAAAGCGAUCAACCACGAGGGUCCGCCCCGGGACUUUGAGGCUCGUUAUAACGUAAAGGAUGCCGUUUUUAACGCGUGGCAUUCGGUUAAAAGCGGAACGCUGAGGAGAGCCUGGACGCGACUGUGGCCCGACGCUACGACGGCGGACGGCUCCUCCGACGAGGACGGGUCCGAAGGGCGGAGGAGGGGUGGCGGGAAAGACGCUCUAGCGGAAAUCCUCGAAACGGUGAAAGACACCCCUGCGUCCCAUCCGAUCGGCGUCCUCCGCGAGAGCGAGAUCAGAGAGUGGGUGGAGGCGGAUGGAGAGGACGAGGUCACUCGGAGCGAGGCCGCCUCGGCCUUCGGUACGCUCGUCAAGUUCGCUGAGAGGCAGCCGUGCUACUCGGCCCAAGAGGUCCUGCAGUUGCACGUCCUGCACUCCGCUUUCAUGCAGAAGAGGCAGAAGACGAGGAAGCAAGCCGACAUCAGGAAGCCGUUCACCAGAGCUUCCAGGGCUUUGGUGGAGCGAUAA